GGUCAGCCGCUGGGAGCCCUGCAUGUCUCGGAGCCGUCCCUGUGGCCCCCCUGCCCGCGCCGGCCGGCUACGUGGGCUGCUCAGCUCCUGCCCAUGAGCAGCCUGCCGCAGAGCAUCUUGGAGGAUCUGCCUAAGCAGACAAAGAGCUUUGCCAUGGCAGAGCUUGCAAUGGAGAAUAGCAGCUGCAUGGACUGGCAGAAACGAUGCCUCGCAUUGGAAACCCAGCUCUUCAAAUUCCGUCUUCAGGCUAGCAAGAUCCGAGAGUUACUAGCUGAGAAGAUGCAGGAGCUGGAGCAGAGAGUAAUCGAGGCAGAGCAGAGGGCGGAGAAUGCAGAGAAACAGGUCAGAGUCAUGGAAGAGAAGGUGAAAUUGGCCAGUAUGAAAACCAGCGAAUCAGAGAGUACCCUAUACAGAAAAUAUCAGGAGCUGCUGGGCACAGUGCAAGGAAAGGAUGAUCUGAUCGGCAGACUGGAAACACAGCUGGAGAAACAGAAGCAGUUGAGGGCUGAGGAAGCUAAAAUUGUUCAAGACAAAGCUGCCAAGAUCAAGGAGUGGGUAACAUUUAAGCUAAGAGAGCUUGAGCUAGAAAAUUACCACCUGAAAAACCGUAAUCAGAGGCUGACAGAGCAAAUUGAAGCCCUUCAGGAUGCAUUACAAGAUCUAACAACCAUCCCUCCUAUUGAAUCUAUUUGGAGCUAUAACCCUUUGGUGCCCAAAAUGCUAUUGUCAACCUUGCUUGAGAAACCAGACCAGAAGUCCAUGUUCCUUGGGACGGGUGUCAAACAGGAGUGUCCGGGAAAAGCUGCUAAAGGUGUUCCCCCUACACCAGGUAUGAUCCUUAUUGAUGAAGCCUCCAUUGCAGAAGAAGACAAUAAAUCCUUGCCCUCACAGAACAUGCUCAGGGUCAUUCCUGACCCAUCAAACUGGAAGCCCUCUUUAGAGAAAGAUACAUUCCCUACUGUAAUCUCUGACACUAGCUCAGGGUGCCCUGAUCCCACACUACUGGACCUCGCCGUUGAGUCCACAAGUGUCCUUGAAGCCCUGGCUUUCCAGUCUUCCUUGGGGAGAAACCAGAACUCUCUAAGCACCUCAGAUCAGAUGGCAUCAGAGCUGGGAAACUCCUCAGAUGAGCUGAGUGCCAAGUUCCGCUCUCACAGGCUGGACUCCUCUUCCUCAGGGGAGAUGAUGAGUACCCCUGAUGGCUGUCUCCCAACUGCAGAGCCAACACUGGAUUUGCCAUCACCCAUUACUUCAACACAGCCAAGCUUUCCAGGGAGGGAAUGUGGACUAGGCAAUAGUCUGACUCUCCCAAAAAUCCGGACACCCAGCACCCCAAGAGACAGUAUCCAGCUAGCAAAGAGACAUUACAGCCAACCCCAGCCAGGUGCUGAUUGCUUCCAUAAUGUAAUGCGCCUAGAGGUUGGCACCUUCCAGCCCAUAACAACCUCAACACUGUGUCCUGCACAAGUGGAGGAGACAGACAUUGAUGAUGAUGAGCUGCCAGAGAAGAUGGAGACAGAUGGAUGCCCAGUGGGGGAAGAGGCUGGGAUGGGUGUGAAGAUUGAUCAGCAUCCUGGUUCAGGCAAAAAUGAAGCUGGAAAUUCUGAAGCGGGACCACUAGACCCAGGAGGCAAACCUCCUACUCCACCACUGCACAGGUUCCCAUCCUGGGAGAGUCGGAUCUAUGCAGUAGCCAAGUCUGGCAUGAGACUGUCGGAGGUGGCCCUCGGGACUGACUCUCCCAGCCGGAUUUCGAAUUUUCCAUCAUAUUCAGCUUCUGGGCCAUUCACUUGCCUUAUCUACAGAAAUGUCACGGUUCCAGUCUACACCACGCUGAAGGGGAAAGCCACCCAGAUCAGCAACGUUCCUUUCUUAGAUGAGUCCUCAGGCUCCGAUGAUGACUGCAGCUCCCAUGCCAGCUUCAGGACCUCCAAUGGUGGUUCUGAGAUCAGAAAGACCAGCAUGCCAGGCAGCCCUCGUGCUGUGAAACGAGGUGUCUCUAUGUCCUCACUGAGCUCAGAGAGUGAUUAUGCCAUCCCUCCUGAUGCCUACUCCCUGGAUGGUGACUAUUCAGAGCCAGAGCACAAGCUGCAGCGGACAUCUUCCUAUUCCACUGAUGGUGGAGUCUGCAGUGAGCCCAUGGAGAAAUCAGGCUAUUUGCUGAAAAUGGGCAGCCAGGUGAAGACAUGGAAGAGACGUUGGUUUGUUCUGAGAAAUGGACAAAUCAUGUACUACAAGUCUCCGAGCGAUGUUAUCCGCAAGCCUCAGGGGCAGGUUGAGUUGAAUUCUUCUUGCCAGAUCAUUCGGGGUGAAGGGUCCCAGACAUUUCAGCUCAUCACUGAAAAGAGGACCUACUUCCUGACAGCAGACUCUCCCAACAUCCUGGAAGAAUGGAUCCGUGUUCUGCAGAGCGUUCUCAAGGUGCAGGUGACCAGCUCUGCUGCUGUCCCUCAGAAUGAUGCCAAACCCACUGUGAAAGGCUGGCUCACCAAGGUGAAACAUGGUCACUCUAAGUUGGUUUGGUGCGCACUGAUUGGGAAAACCUUUUACUACUAUCGAAAUAAUGAGGACAAGUGUCCUCUGGGGCAUUUGCACAUACGCAAGUCAAAGGUGGAGGAGGUGGACCGUUCCUGUGACUCGGAUGAAGAUUAUGAAGCCACUGCAGGGGGUCUCCUCUCAUCCCAUUACACCCUGGUGAUUCACCCACAGGAUCAGAGUCCCACCUACUUACUCAUUGGUACCAAACACGAGAAGGAUACAUGGCUGUACCAUCUGACAGUAGCAGCUGGCAGCAGCCGUGCCAAGGUGGGCACAGCAUAUGAACAGCUAAUUGGAAAAUUACUGGAUGCAGAGGGAGACCCACAAUCUCCUUUGUGGAAACACCCCAUGCUGUGCUACAGUAAGGAUGGACUGCACACCUCACUCACUACUCUGCCAUCAGAGGCGCUGCAGACAGAAGCCCUCAAGCUCUUCAAGUCCUGUCAGCUGUUCAUCAAUGUCCCUGUGGAGGCUCCAUCUAUUGAUUACCAUGUGUCACUUGCCCAGACAGCGUUGCAAGUCUGUCUGACACAUACUGAGCUACAGAAUGAAAUCUACUGCCAACUGGUUAAACAGACUAGCUGCCGGCAGCCCCAGAACCACUCAGUCAUUCAGUGCUGGCAGCUCCUGGCUUUGUGUGCUCCUCUCUUUCUUCCUCAGCACCACUUCCUCUGGUAUAUCAAACAACACCUGCAGCGGCAUGCAGACUCCAGGAGUGAAAUAGGCAAGUAUGCAAUCUACUGUCAGAGGUCUGUGGAGCGCACGUUGCACACUGGAGAGCGGGAAGCCAAGCCUUCACGAAUGGAGAUUGUGUCCAUUUUGUUACGGAAUCCCUUCCACCAUUCACUCCCCUUCAGCAUUCCAGUGCACUUCAUGAAUGGAACCUACCAGGUUGUGGGUUUUGAUGGUUCCUCAACAGUGGAUGAGUUCCUCCAGCGGCUGAACCAGGAGACAGGAAUGAGGAAACCAUCCCACACUGGGUUUUCCCUCUUCACAGAUGAUCCUUCUGGCAGGGAUCUGGAGCACUGCCUGCAGGGCAAUGUAAAGAUCUGUGAUGUUAUUUCAAAAUGGGAACAAGCCUUGAAAGAACUGCAUCCUGGGAAAUAUGAAGGUAGCACAAGAAUAGUGAAGCUGACCUAUAAAAGCAGAUUGUAUUUUCGAAACCAGGCAAAAGGUGAGACAGAUAGAGAGCGGUUGCUGCUGGCCUUCCAGGUCAGCAGUGAAAUAGCCAGUGGGAGGUUCCCUGUCAAUAAGGAGCUGGCUCUGGAAAUGGUGGCUUUGAUGGCUCAGGUGGAAUAUGGAGACUUGGAUCGACCAGUAUCUUCAAGCCCUGGGGGGACACCACAGUCCAAAAUGCAACAUCUUCUCCAACAGAUCUUGGACAAAUUCUAUCCCAAACGUUACAAACAAAACAUUACCCCCGAGCAUCUCAGGCGGUUGGCUGACAAGCUGGCUACAAAAUGGAUGGUGCUGCAGGGAUGCUCUCCACUAGAAUGCAUUAGAAUUUAUUUGACAGUGGCCCGGAAAUGGCCUCUCUUUGGAGCCAAGGUAUUUGCUGCGAAGCCUGUCCUGCCUUCUCCCUUGGAAGAUUGUCCAGUUUGGAUAGCUGUGAAUGAAGAUGGCAUUAGCAUACUGGAUUACAACACUAUGCACUUAAAGCUAUCUUAUGCAUACCCGUCUGUGCUGACCUUUGGAGGCUGUCGAGAUGACUUCAUGAUUGUAGUCAGUCAGGGGAAGGAUAGGAGUUCUGGGAAAAACAGCACUGAAAAACUACUUUUCACAAUGGCAGCUGCAAAGAUUGUUGAGGACUGAGGUUCCAUGGAAUGCCAUGCUGGUCUAUAUAAUGGACAAAAAGCUGGGUCUCCACCACAGGGCUGUAUUUAUCUUGCAGUCCCUUGCCAGACAUAUGCUUUCAAAGAAUCUUGGUGUUCACCACUAUAUUGUAUGUAUUUCAGGAUGUGUUCACUACUGUAUAACAUUUUACUGCACGUGAUCUCUAUGAAUUGGGAUGGCCAGGCAAAUGAGUUUUGUAUUUAUAAUGUCGUCCAGCAACUGGUAUAGUUUUUAGAAAGAGCUAGACCACACUAAUUUCAUAGGUGUGGUUACUUCCAAACCCCAGCUUCCACCAGACCAUUAGCGUAAGGGGAAGUGGCUAGCAAUUAUAUUCCCAAAUACUGUCCUUCAGGCCUUACUAAAUAGUGCUGUUUUACCAGUCCCAAAGGGACUCUGUCAAAGUCGGAAGGCUCAAAAUUUGAAAUUUUUGGUAGAGGUUUCACAUAUUUUUUUUUUAAUUAUUCUUCAAAGACACACAAAUCUACCUAGGUAGGUUUUAUACUGUGCUCAUCAAUCUUCUAGCUUUCUAAAAAGCUUUAAAAAAAUAAAAUUGUCAGCUCCCCAGCAGCCACGAACAACCAUAUAACAAACUAUGUGCACUGCCUAGCUGACAUGGGCACCCCACCAAAAAAAUCCAGCCCCCAUGGCAGUUCUACAAUAACAAACCUAUUCUUGCAGCCCAGCAGUCACAAUGAGCAAACUGUUUUGUUAUUGUCAAUGUGCUUAACCUCGUGCCCAUCAGCAACCCAGCAAAUUGGUGUAUACAACCCAGCACACUACAAGCAACCUUACAAGAAGCCGGUGUAUACAAUGAGGACAUUACAGAAAGGAAACAGGUUUCAAUUUCAAGCUUCCAAUGACUAGUUAGGCACAAAUAGUGAAGAGCAUGGAACUGGGGAAAUUAUCUUGUAUGAUUCUGAGCAAUUCCUUGACAGAAUCCUUUUAGGGCUCUAAAAUAUAGAAAGGCUGGUGCGCUGGUGAAAGUUAAUGUGUCAGAAACAGCAGGCUGGAGCUGGUAAAUCCUGGAGACCUGAUUCGCGCAUACUGUAUUUUACCCACUUCUCACGUGUUUGGGGACUUUCCCAUCACACUGUUGAGAGGAGCUGUGGGUUUUCUGAGUCAAAGAAUAAUUUUGACAAAAUUUUGAUUUUCAGUCUUUUAAAAGUUGCAGAUAUAGUCAAAAAAGUGACUACAUAUCUUGACAUUGUGGGCUCUGGUAUUUAUUCUCUCUCUGUAAUCCCAGUACAAAUGAGCCAAUUUGAGUCAACUAGGGUUGUUGUUUUUUCAAUUUCCUGCACUGAAAUCCUCCCCUGGGAUAUGAGAAUCCAGCUGGCCUUCUGCCUCUUACACUAUCACCAGCAACAAAGAUUCUUCAGUCUAAAUUGGGCUGUUACUUGUGUUAAUGAUGCCCAAAGCCCUACAGGAGUAACACUUGUUAUAUUAAUGAUUUGACUCACAGGAAGCAGAGAAGUUGAGUAAGAAGGGGGCCAUUUUUACUGUCAUUUUUCUGACCAUAACUGCACUUUAAACUUGACAUCAUGCCAUGUUGAUCCUUUAGGCAUUAGAUCUUGUGAGCAUUCACCAAUACUUGAGCAUUUCAGGGAACACCCCCACUUUGGUGAAUGGCACCAUAUACCUCUUAUUUAUAGCUUACCUGACUUCAGAAAACUGUUGUAGAUAGCUUAACUAUUUUUUUGAUUCCUUGGUAGAGAAUUUAAUUUUUUUAUUUUCAUCAACACUCUUGGCAAUGACUGGACAUUUUCUAAAGUGUAAAAUGAGAUACUGAAUAACAGAAGCCUAACUGCUGUGCUGUAUGUAAAAGGAUAACUGUGAGAUACUGUGAGGUUUUUUUUUGUUCUUAAUAAAAUGCAGUUGUCAGUGA